AUGGCGGACGCGACGGUGGAUGACGCGACGACGCGCGGGCGAUGGGCGAGCGAUCGGGACUGUGAGCUCGCGGAGACGUCGUCGUUGUUGCGCGGAGACGAUGGGGCGCGGGCGGAGGGGUCGCGGGAUCGACGCGGGGUGACGGUGGGGACGAUCGCGAGCGGGGCGCUGGCGCUCGCGGCGUGCGCGGCGCUGGGGGUGUGGACGCAUAAGAGUAAGACGCUGCAGGAGGCGUGGCGACCGGUUCCGGGGGCGGAGAUGCUGGAGAGGGGUGGCGGGGUCGAUUCAGGGAUCGCGCGUUGGCGCGCGCGGGAGGUGGCGAGUUUGGGGGGGGCGGAGACGCUCACCGGGGUGACGCCGACGCCGUCGCAGAUGACGGCGCUUCGGGCGCUGCGAUUACAGAUUCGGAACGCGAUGUUCAACGGCGGCGAAGUGAGCGCUGGGACGGUGAAGAUGCUCACGAUGCAGUUCUUGAACGUCAUUCCCCAGGCGGCGGCUACUUUCCCGUCCGGGACGGCGGCAAACGUGGAUGAGUUGGACGGCGCCGUGAAGCAGUUAAUGUCCAGGGGCGUCUUGGCCGCUCCCGCGUCGCCGUCGGCGGAGAGCGAAUUUCGAGAGAUGAUUCCGGCAUCACCGAGGCCGACCGUCGAGCAAGCGAUGGAGGAGUCCACGCAGGUGGACGCGGCGCGGGCGCCGCAGAAUGCGGCGCUGCCGCCUCGAAAGCCGUUGACGACUUAUGAAUCCGCUUUGUUUGAGACCAAGGCGGCCGCGAACGCGGUCGCGUCGACGGGAGCAGGAGCGGGUAGAAAACACAAAAGUGGCCGUACAUCGAGCGAGGCGCAGACGGUGGCGCAGAAUGACAAGUGGGAGGCGAUGAUAAACUCGCUGGAUUCCUCGGGACGAGUCAUCAAGAACGCGGCGAGCAGGCAGCUGGACGACAAUAACAUCUUCAAUCGGCUCUCUUCGCCCUCUCCCAGUGAGACGGACGACUUUGUGCAGUAUGAGAACGAGGCUCCGCGCCGAGAGCGACAGCAAUCGUCGCCGAUUGUCGAGAGUGAAGUUGAAGUCGAGGCCCCACAACCGACUUCGCAGGCGAGCGCGCCGCAAGAUCCGCCUUGGGCCAAACAGCCUCAACAGCUGCAGGAGCCGACCGUCACGGAAACGGCGACUCCGACCUCGUCAACUGCCGAUGACUCGUCGUGGACGGACUUUCAAGAAUUAAUGGAGGCUGAACCGAGCCCUUCACCGGCGCCGGAGCCUGCGCCGGAGCCGGAGCCUGUUCCGGAGCCUGCGCCGGAGCCGGUCCCGGAUGUUCCGUCCCAGGCGGCGCAGCCUGAUCCAGUAGACGUCAUGGAAGCGUUAGACUUCGGAUCGACUGAUCGACCGCAGGUUGGUGAACAAGAGAUCGCCACGCCACAGGCAGCGGCGACGUCCGAUGACGACGAUAUGCUCAAAGACAUGCUUCGCGACGGCGGCGACAAGGCUGACACGGAAACAAAGGCGGAAACGAAGACGGAGAGCGAGCAGGCAACCAGCGUCCUUGGAGACGACACGGCGAAGAGUCCUCUUUUCAAACCGGUGAUUCCCAACGCGAAUGUUGAGGCUAUCGCGUCGAACAUUAUUGACAUGAUCAUGGCAAAAAAAUCAUCCAGCGGCGACGCAGCUGCGGUGGGCCUGGAUGAAAAUGGAAAUUCUGGCGUCGCGCCAAGGCUCUCGAAAGAGGCAAUCGCGGCACAGUUGGCGGAAAGUUUGACUGCGCUGACGUCGGAUUCAAUUGAAAAGACCGCGACGGAAAGUGCUCGCAUGGUUGACGAGGCGAACGACGAUCCAAAUGCCAAAAUCAUGGCUGACGCCCUCGUGGCGCACGAUCACGACGUCGCGGCACGGAUCGCUCAGAUACUCUCUGGCGGAAAAUCCUCUGGUAGUCAAGUUGCUGGUAUCGGCGCGACCUCUGGUUCGGGUGAUGGUGCAUCGCAGCUCAUCAUGUAUGAAGAGCAGCGUCGACAGCGGGAGGAGAUUGAAGCCAUGAGACGAGACUUGGCGGCUUUGAUGGCGAACGUCCAAGCCAAUUACGCGAUGGGCGUUGCACAUGAUAGAAUCGAUAAAACUGCCGCUUCAGCCGCAGCACGCAUCAUCGAUGUCCUUCGUCCGACACUCGCUAGCGACGCGGUAGCGCGAGAGGGAGCAAGCGAGGUGUUUGACUACCCGAUCAUGCCCAGUUCAUCGUUAUCUAGCGAAACGCUACGACUCGAUGCUGGAUCCGAUGCUCGACCGAAAAAGACGACGGAUGAGUCGAAGAAAUCCGACGCAACGGCUGAUAGUGAUGACGACGAGUUUGAUUACAUCGAAAAAACCGAUGCUGGAGCCGAGGACUCGUCGGCGAAACUCUCAAAGUCGGAGUCAACGUCGAACGCGGGUGACUCGGUGGAAACUAGUAACGGCGGUGGUUCCUCCAGUGAACCUUCCUGGCUUACAAACGCGCUCACCGACGAGCAAUUAACCGCGCAGUUUGUGGCCGACGAGACGGAGGCCGACGGAGAUCACAUCAAGAAAUCGACGAAGAAGAAGUCAAAGCACUCUGAAGCGCGGCUUGGUGCGGUCCCCGGGGCCUUCGCAUCUCACAAGCCUACCGGCGACGAUGUGCAGGGUUCGUAUAUCCAAGCCCUGAACGAGCGCGCCGAGCGCGCGCUUAGGAGCAAACCACGUUCAUAG